AUGGGUCGAAAAAGGAAGGCAAGCGGACAGCCUUUUGGCCAAAAAGAGCAACAUUGGUCAAAGGAAAAUGAAGGAAGCAAGCUGGCAGUCAACUCAUAUGAGGAUGUUGCGGACUCAGAAGAUGAAUUCCAUAUAGGUCGAGACAAGGUGUUUUUGGAUGAAAAUCCUACUCGCAAGAGAAUCAGACGAGCCGAGGAACAGGAAGCUUUACUUGAACCCUCCGAUGAAGAAGUUUUGCCAUCGAGUGAUCUUGAGCCAGAAUCCGACGUUGAGAAUCACGUGGAAGAAGAGGAUGAGGAUCAAACAACACAAUCACCCCUCCGCAAUGGCAAGCCCUCAAAAGGGCUGUCAAAGCCCCUACAAGAGUCAAGUUCGGAAGCAAGUGGCGAUGAACCAAAAGAUGACGAUUUUGCCGAUUGGGGGUCUUCGAAGAAAGAAUACUACAAUGCUGAUACGAUCGAGACAGAAGCGGAUGCUCUUGAAGAGGAGGCUGAAGCUUUGCGUCUGCAGCAGAAGCAACGUCAGCGCAUGACAGAAGCUGACUUUGGGUUGGACGAGAUUGAUUGGGAAGAAGACGACACACAACGUGAUGGCAAACGAGGAAGAGUUGUACGAGAAGAGUUGCCGGAACUUGAGGUCACAAGCAAUAUGAGUGAGGAACAGAGAAUGGCCAUCCUAAGGACUCGAUACCCAGAGUUUGAGCCACUGGCGAAAGAAUUUGUCGAUCUGCAGGAGCCGUACAAACAGCUUCAAGAAAAAGCUUCAGCUGCAGAAAAGAUAGCAGGGAUAUCAAAGACGUCCGAAACUGAAGACACAGAACAAGCUAUGUCUGUAGCUGCGAUAAAAUUCCGAUCCUUGGGGGCCUAUCUAUCAGCGAUCGCCGUGUAUUUCGCCCUGCUCUCUUCAACUGCCAAAGACGAGAGUAAAAAAGCCACUGCCAUACCACCAGAUCAGCUUCAAAACCAUAGCCUUAUGCAUACCCUUGUACAAUGUCGGGACUUGUGGGAAAAGACAAAAGAGCUUCCUGAACCGGAACCACCGACGGAUCUUACGAAUGGUGACCCACCAGGCGAACACGACAACAUUAUGAACCAGCGUGACUCGAUUGUGGAGCCAAAAGAUACACAGAAGAAACGGAGGCGGCGAAAAUCAAGAGCCCAACGUACGGCGGAGGCUCAACAAGCUGAAGCUGAAGCUCGCCGCCAGGCCCGAAUUGAAGAGACCCAGACAUCGCUCGCCGACCUCUCUGCUCUACUCGCUCCUACCAAAGCAAAUUCGAAUGCCAAGAAGCCUAGUUCGGCACCUAUCAAGAAUGGCUACAAUUCAGAUUCCGACAUCGGUGAACCUACGUCCCUUACCCCUGCUGAAGCUGCUGAGAAGGCAAAGAGAAAGAAGACCCUCCGUUUCUACACAUCUCAGAUUGCUCAAAAAUCGCAAAAGCGCGAUCAUGCCUCGAAUGAUGCAGGUGGCGAUGCGGAUCUACCCUACCGAGAGCGCUUCCGAGAUCGAAAAGAGCGACUCAAUGCAGAGGCUGAGAACCGAGGGAGGAAGAGUAAGGACAAGAUCUCGGUAGACGAUUUCAGCGGAGAAGAAAAUCCGAAUGAAGACGGUAUUUCUCCCGCAGGCAAUAACGGCGCCAGGAAAGGAGACGAUGACGACUACUAUGACUUCAUCACCGCCAACUCGAAGAAAAAGAAGGCAGAGAAAGCAGCUCGUGCCGAAGCAGUGAAAGCCAUCGCUAAUGGGGCAGCUCUGGAUCGUGUGGUUGAGGACGCAAAUCUUGGCCCUGACGGCAAACGUGCUGUGUCUUAUGCCAUUGAGAAGAAUAAAGGAUUGACACCUAAAAGAAAGAAGGAUGUCCGUAAUCCGCGCGUCAAGAAGAAGAAUCAAUUCGAGAAGAAAAUGAAGAAGUUAUCAAGCGUGCGGCCAGUGUACAAGGGCCAGCCUCAGGGUGGCUAUGGGGGAGAGCUGACAGGCAUUAAGAUAGGAGUGUCAAAAGGAGUGAGAUUGUAG